AUGGCGGUGCGGCGCCUCCUGCCCCUGGUGGUGUACCUGGUCUGUUAUGUCACGGUAACAGGAGGGAGAGGAGACGGGCGAAAAGACGGCGGCGGGGCAGGAGGGGAAGGUGGUGGAGCAGCAGCGCAGAUAAGGAACAUUUUCGGUGUUGCUACCGAAGAAGGCUGGCUCCCUGGCAAUGAACCUUAUGUGUUAACACCACAACACCACACCACACCACAACCAACCACCACGCUCCACCAUACUACCAACACUACCACCACACACCACACAACACCACACCACACCACCACACCACGUUAUCCUUGGCACCCCGACCUGCCGAGACCCGCCAAGCAAUUCCGACCCCCGCCCCGUCCCACCGCGGCUAAGUGGCUACUACAUUCUCUCCCACACGCGGCCUGCACACCUCAGGACCAAGGACGCCCCGAUUAUGGUGGGCGUUGUGGCCUUUUAAACGCACCAACACUACCGCCACCACCACCACUAUCACCAGUAACACCACCACCUCGAAACCCCUCACCAACCUCAUCGCCAUCAGCCCCACGAUCUCUGUACCCUCGUCCUCCUCCCAGAGAUCCAAGCAAGUUUCCCCUUCACGUAAGCAUAGGGGAACAACGCGCCCUCCCCAGGCGCACUGUAAGGGUCACCCACGCUCUCUACCACUCAGACUUCGGCAAGACCUCCACAUUCGAUAGUGACUUAGGGGUGCUGCUGCUGGAGGAGCGCAUAGACCCCUUCCCCGCAACGCCUUGUCUUCCUGAAAUGGACAGGGAAGUGCCGGAGGGAGUAGCGGUGACGGUGGUGGGGUGGGGAGCUACCUCUGAGGACGGAAACAUAAGCAGCGUACUGAAGGAGGCGGAGCUGGACGUGCUGCCGAAGGGAUCAUGCAUCGACGCUUACUCUUCAAACUUCAAUCCUAACAAGAUGAUCUGCGCUGGGAAGCUAAAUGGAGCUGCUGAUGCUUGCCAGGGUGACUCCGGCGGUCCACUCAUCCAGCGAGGAGAACGAGAAGAGGAGGAAGAGAAGGCAGUAUGGGUGGUGGUAGGAGUGGUGAGCUUCGGCAAUGGUUGUGGUCGUCCUGGCUUCCCGGGCGCCUACACCAGGACUUCAGCUUUUCUUCCUUGGCUUAAAAAAGUUUUGCUCUUGUAUCCGUAAAUCAGGUUUCACUUUUUUGACAGCUUCUUUGCUUUCCUUUUUUCUUUAUAUAUUUUCUUUAUCAUUCUCUUUGAUUCUAUUUUGUAAUAGAGAGAGAAAGAAUGGAAGGAUUGAUGACGCAGAAGCGAUGAGAAAGAAAUGGAAGGAAGUGAGAGGCAGGUAGGGAUAGAGAACAGAAAAUCUUGUCCUUCUCUCUCUCUCUCUCUCUCUCUCUCUCUCUCUCUCUCUCUCUCUCUCUCUCUCUCUCUCUCUCUCUCUCUCUCUCUCUCUCUCUCUCUCUCGUGUCUUUCAUCUUUUCUGAAACCUGACGGAGCAUGAUAUUCUUUCCCCGUCCUCCCUUUAUAGUCCAUCACCACCUCCUCCUCCUCCUCCUCCUCCUUCUCCUCCUCCUUCUUCUUUUCCUCCUUUUCUUCCUUCUCAUCCUCCUAAUAAUUCGUAUUCCUUUUUCUACAUUCCAAAGUACAUCCUAUGUUGUUUCUAUGCAUUUCUCCUCCUCCUCCUCCUUCUCCUCCUCCUCCUCCUCCUCCUCCUUCAAAGUUUCAGUAUAGAUGUUAUUUUCUUUAAGUAUGGUAUUGCCCAUUCUCUUCUAAUGACUUAUUCCAGUCUUAAUCCUGAAUAUAUCUUAAAGUGAUUAAGGAAGGCAGUGGAUAUGUUAGUAAUAAGUAAAUAAGUAGGUAAAUAAUCAAGUUAGUAGAUUAGUUAAUUAGUAUGUUAGUUCCUUAUUAAAUAACCAAGUAAAAAAAAAAAAGAAGUGAAUAAACAGAGAAUCAAAGAGAAAAAAAUGUUAGUGGUAUAUCAGCAAAUAAACAACUUAGUCAUAAGAACAUAAGAAAUAAGGGAAGCUGCAAGAAGCGACCAGGCUUACACGUGGCAGUCCAUGUAUGAAAUAUAUCUACCUAUUUCCACCAGUCAUCCCCAUCCAUAAACCCGUCUAAUCUUCUCUUAAAGCUCCCUAAUUUCCUAACCUAACAACAUGAUUACUGAGUCCGUUUCAUUCAUCCACAACUCUGUUUUGAGAACCAGUUUCUUCCUAUCUCUUUCCUAAACCUAAAUUUUUCAAGCUUGAACCCGUUAUUUCUUGUUCUAUCCUGGUUGCUGAUCCUAAGAAUUUUGCUUACAUCUCCCUUGUUAUAACCCUUAUACCACUUAAAGACUUCUAUCAGGUCCCCUCAUAACCUACGUCUCUCUAAGAAUGUAAAUUUAACAGUUUCAAUCUCGCCAGGUAAGGAAUACUUCUCAUCCCCUGUAUCCUUUUAGUCAUUCUCCUCUGUACUGAUUCUAAUAGACCUAUAUCUUUCCUGUAAUGUGGAGACCAGAACUGCACAGCGUAGUCUAGAUGAGGUCUGACCAGCGCCAAGUAUAAUUUUAAUAUUACUUCGGGAAUUCUACUUUUAACACUCCUAAAAAUGAAUCCUAAUACCCUAUUUGCCCUGUUUCUGGCCUCUAUGCAUUGUUUUUCAAGACGGAGUUCAGAGCUAACUAUAACUCCUAAAUCUUUCUUGUACCCUGAACCUACCAGAGUUUCGUUGUUUAAUGUGUAUCUACUGUGUGGGCUUCCUCUACUUACGUUGAGUACUUUGCAUUUGUUGAUAUUAAACUGCAUU